CCCGGUCAGUGUCAGUAUUGCCGUUGUAGAGGGAAAUAAUUUGGCGCUAGAUACAACAUCCUCCCCGGUAUCUAGCUGCACAGCAUCCAUUACGUCCUGCGUUAGCCAAACAAGAGGCUACUGAAGACGUAAAAACACAUGUAGUAUUUUCACGAACAGCAGCUGCUAUUUUGUACGCGGGGCCGUUUUGUUCUUUGCUCUCCCACCUGAACAUAUUCGCCUUCUCGGGAAUAAUGAUGAGUUCUUAACCUUUGUAAUACGAGAUGUCUAAGCGACAUCGCUUGGAUUUAGGCGAUGAUUACUCGUCGAGCAAAAAGAGAUCUUCUGACGGAAAAGACCGCGAAAGAGACCGGGAUGAGCGGUCGAAAGACCGGGACAGAGAUCGGGACCGGGAGCGCGACAGGGAGCGCGAGCGGGAGAGCAAGGCCGCCAUACUGAACUCCAGCAUGGCGCCUGGCAGCGGCAUGCCCCCGCUUAAGCAGGCGGUCGUGCACCAGCAGGUCAACCCCUUCACCAACCUGCCGCACACGCCACGCUACUACGAGAUCCUCAAGAAGCGGCUGCUGCUGCCGGUCUGGGAGUACAAGGAACGCUUCACCGACAUCAUCACCCGCAACCAGAGCUUCGUACUGGUGGGGGAGACCGGCUCCGGGAAGACCACACAGAUCCCUCAGUGGUGCGUGGACAUGGUGCGGUCUCUGCCAGGGCCCAAGCGGGGCGUAGCCUGCACUCAGCCGCGGAGAGUGGCAGCCAUGAGCGUGGCCCAGAGGGUGGCCGACGAGAUGGACGUCAUGCUGGGCCAGGAAGUGGGCUACUCCAUCAGAUUUGAGGACUGCAGCUCGGCAAAGACCAUCCUCAAGUACAUGACCGAUGGUAUGCUGCUCCGCGAGGCCAUGAAUGACCCCCUGCUGGAACGAUACGGAGUCAUCAUCCUGGACGAGGCUCACGAGCGCACACUGGCCACAGACAUUUUGAUGGGUGUCCUUAAAGAAGUCGUCCGCCAGAGAAUGGACCUGAAGGUUAUAGUCAUGAGCGCCACACUGGACGCUGGGAAGUUCCAGAUUUACUUCGACAGCUGCCCCCUGCUCACCAUCCCUGGCCGAACGCACCCCGUGGAGAUCUUCUACACGCCGGAGCCGGAGCGCGACUACCUGGAGGCGGCCAUCCGGACGGUCAUCCAGAUCCACAUGUGCGAGGAGGAUGAGGGUGACGUUCUGCUCUUCCUCACAGGGCAGGAGGAGAUCGACGAGGCCUGCAAGCGAAUCAAGCGGGAGAUUGAUGACCUGGGCCCUGAGGUGGGGGACAUAAAGAUCAUCCCGCUUUACUCCACGCUCCCGCCCCAGCAGCAGCAGAGGAUCUUCGAACCGCCGCCGCCCCGGAAGCCCAGCGGUGCCAUCGGCAGGAAGGUCGUGGUGUCCACAAACAUCGCCGAGACAUCGCUGACCAUUGACGGCGUGGUGUUCGUAAUUGAUCCUGGCUUUGCCAAGCAAAAGGUGUAUAACCCGCGCAUCAGGGUGGAGUCGCUGCUGGUGACCGCCAUCAGCAAAGCGUCGGCCCAGCAGAGGGCAGGCCGUGCUGGCCGGACGCGCCCCGGGAAGUGCUUCCGCCUGUACACGGAGAAGGCAUACAAGACAGAGAUGCAGGAUAACACGUAUCCUGAGAUUCUGAGGUCCAACUUGGGCUCUGUGGUGUUACAGCUGAAGAAGCUAGGUAUCGAUGACCUGGUGCACUUUGACUUCAUGGACCCACCAGCUCCUGAGACCCUGAUGCGAGCUCUGGAGCUGUUAAAUUACCUGGCAGCGCUGAACGACGACGGAGACCUGACGGAGCUGGGCUCCAUGAUGGCCGAGUUCCCCCUGGACCCACAGCUGGCCAAGAUGGUCAUUGCCAGUUGCGACUUCAACUGCUCCAACGAGGUGCUCUCCAUCACGGCCAUGCUAUCAGUCCCGCAGUGCUUCGUACGCCCCACCGAGGCCAAGAAGGCGGCCGACGAGGCCAAGAUGAGGUUCGCCCACAUCGAUGGGGACCACCUCACCCUGCUCAAUGUUUACCAUGCCUUCAAACAGAACCACGAGUCGGUGCAGUGGUGCUACGACAACUUUGUGAACUAUCGCUCGCUAAUGUCGGCCGAUAACGUGCGGCAGCAGCUGUCGCGCAUCAUGGACCGCUUCAACCUGCCGCGCCGCAGCACGGAGUUCACCAGCCGCGACUACUACAUCAACAUCCGCCGCGCCCUCGUCACUGGCUUCUUCAUGCAGGUGGCCCACCUGGAGCGUACAGGACACUAUUUGACGGUGAAGGACAACCAGGUGGUCCAGCUGCAUCCCUCCACUGUGCUGGACCAUAAGCCUGAGUGGGUGCUCUACAACGAGUUUGUGCUGACCACCAAGAACUACAUCCGCACCUGCACUGACAUCAAACCUGAAUGGCUGGUUAAAAUCGCUCCACAGUACUAUGAGAUGAGCAACUUCCCACAGUGUGAAGCCAAGAGGCAGCUGGAGCGCAUUAUCGCAAAACUCCAAACCAAGGAAUACUCUCAAUACUAAACGCCCUGGUCGGCUUAAGGACAGUAUGAAAAGGACACCCUCAGCUCACUGGGGGGUUUCUUUUCUGAACUCUGGAAGUUGUACAUUCUCAUCCUUCCAACAUUAGGUUGCCAUUUAUAUAUAUAUUUUUUUUCUUUUCUGUUUCAGUUUAAUGUUAAGAUUAUUUUUAUAAAAUGUUGUUUUCUCUG